AGUGCUGAGGUAUGGAAAAGACCAAUCAGAAACACGUUAACAGAUGUCUUCUGAAGACCGCUGUUUCUAAAAAAUGAGGAAAAUGGAAGAGUCUCUGGAUUGAAAUUAACUUUGGUUUUUGAAGAGCUUUUCACUUAAAACUAAAUACAGCAUAUUGCCAUUUAUGCGCAUCCAUUUUCUCAGUGGUCUUCAAGAUCAACGCUACUUCACCAUGAGGAUAAUGUGGAAGUACCUGGAUAAAAUGAGGUGUUUUCGUAAGCGUUCAACAAUACCUUUUCUUGGAAUCCUUAUUACUUGUCUUCUUUUUGUGAACCUUUAUAUAGAAGAUGGAUAUGUUUUGGAAGAAGAUAAAAGAAUGAUGCGUGAAACAUCGACCCAUCAACUGAAUUCAGAAAGAUAUGUUCACACAUUUAAAGAUUUAUCAAACUUCUCAGGAACAAUAAAUGUUACCUAUCGUUACCUUGCUGGGUCACCUUUACCAAGAAAGAAGUUUCUUACAAUAGGACUCUCAUCUGUCAAAAGAAAAAGGGGGAACUAUCUACUAGAAACAAUCAAAUCUAUUUUUGACCAGUCGAGCUAUGAGGAACUCCAGGAGAUUGUUGUUGUUGUUCAUCUGGCAGAUUUUGACUUAAACUGGUGUGAAACUUUAGUUCAGGAUAUCACAAGGAAAUUUGCUCACCAUAUUAUAGCAGGCAGACUUCUUGUUAUCCAUGCUCCAGAAGAAUAUUAUCCAGUACUAGAUGGUCUUAAAAGAAAUUACAAUGACCCAGAGGAUCGUGUUAGAUUUAGAUCCAAACAAAAUGUUGAUUAUGCUUUCCUGUUGAACUUCUGCACCAACCUCUCUGAUUACUAUAUGAUGCUUGAGGACGAUGUCCGUUGCUCUAGAAACUUUUUGACUGCAAUGAAAAAGGUAAUUACCUCAAGGGAGGGCUCCUACUGGGUAACACUGGAGUUUUCUAAGCUGGGAUACAUUGGGAAGCUCUAUCACUCUAAUGAUCUCCCUCGACUGGCUCACUUCCUAUUAAUGUUCUACCAAGAGAUGCCUUGUGAUUGGUUGCUUAUCCACUUUCGAGGUCUUCUUGCACAAAAAGAUGUUGUACGCUUUAAACCAUCCCUAUUUCAGCAUAUGGGAUACUAUUCUUCAUAUAAGGGAGCUGAAAACAAACUGAAGGAUGAUGACUUUGAAGAAGAUUCGCUUGAUAUUCCUGAUAAUCCUCCUGCCAGUUUAUAUACAAAUAUUAAUGUAUUUGAAAACUAUGAUGCAAGCAAAGCCUACAGCAGUGUGGAUGAGUACUUCUGGGGAAAAUCACCUGCUACUGGGGACUUUUUUAUAAUUGUGUUUGAUAAAUCAACAAGGAUAAGCAAGAUUAAAAUUACCACAGGAACAGAUGAUCGUCAAAAUGAUAUUUUGCACCAUGGAGCCUUAGAAGUUGGAGAGAAAGUAAUUGGAACCAAAAAAGGCAAGCAAUGUUCUACCUACAUCACACUGGGGGAAUUUAAAAAUGGAAACUUUGAAGUUUAUGAUGUUGAACAUAAAAUUACAUUUCCUAUUGAAUGUGUGAGAAUUGUUGUUACAGCCAGUCAAAAAGAGUGGCUUAUUAUAAGGAGUAUAAGUCUGUGGACUACACAGUCUUCUAAUCAAUAGGACAACAGUGACUUAAUUACUCCAUUUCACAAAGGCAAUAUAUAUGAACUGUUUAUAGCUAUCUCUGUUUUCCCCACUGGAUAGUCUCAGACAUUGUUUAGUGCUUCAUAUUGAAUAUACGACAAUUACUGAAAAACACAUUUAUCAAUGGUUUCCAAUGUCGACUGCAUUAUUUAUUAAUUCUCAAGGUAAAAAGAUGUACAUUUGGAGAAUACUUCAUGAGAGAAAAGAAUAUGUCUGUUGAAACAAAAAAAAGAAAUAAAUAAAACAGGGGCAGUGGCA